UCGAAAAAAAAGAUUGGGGUUUGUAUUAGGGUUUGUGGGAGUAAAAGAGAUCGUUUUUGUUCAAUUGGGGAAUAAUUAUUUCAGAGGAAAAACUUAUGAUUUGUAUCUCCUUUUAUUUUCAUUUCCCUCUUUAUUUUAAUUUUUUUUCAUAUUUUCAGAAAUAUCUGUAAUUGAAGGUUUCAACUUUGAGGAUAAACCUCUCUCUGCUGCUCCCAGUGAGGGUUUAUUGUUUAACGGUUAUUCCCUUCUGCAUCCUCAAUCCUGCGAUUGUUUUGAACUGGUUUGUGCUAUUUUAAAAGUGAAACAGACUGAGUGUGAACUGUUGACCUGGCAUGGCAAGCUUGUUGACAACAUCGGUCAUCAGCUAUUGUCCUGUGAACAAUGGUUCCAGGGGAUUUGGAAAGUCGGGGAAUUUUUCUAAAGGAAGUCAUUGCAUAAAAGCGGUGAAGAUAGAGAAAUCCUUGGAGGAAUUGUACAAUGUGAAAGUGGAAAGAAAAGUGUCUCCUGAGAGACUAACUGAGCUUGGAGUAUCAAAAUGGUCAGUGUGGAAGACUGGGAAAAGCAAGCUUCCCUGGGACUGGCAGGUAGACCAACUGGUGUACAUUGAAGAAGGGGAAGUGAGAGUUGUGCCUCAAGGAAGCAAGCGUUUCAUGCAAUUUUUGGCUGGAGACUUGGUCCGGUACCCAAAGUGGUUUGAAGCUGACCUCUGGUUCAAUGGCCCAUAUCAAGAACGUUAUAGUUUUAGAGCAUAUGGUGAUGAUUAAAGUAACAUCCACGUCUUAUCUGGAUGUUUCAAGUAAUUGAUGUGUUAUGUAGUUUUAGUUGUCCAGUUCUAAUUGCAAUGUCAACAUAUUUGACUGAUUGCGAUACUUCACUCUCUUCUAAAAGAUUUGGUACUAAUUGCU